AGACAACUUCGAUGACCACUACAAACCAAUUAUAAAUCAAGGCAAGGACUACCACAGUAACAGAGACAGGUAUAAGCCUUACCCGUACAAGACAACUGAGAAUGACAGAAACGAGCGCCACAGUAACUUGCGCAGCUAUGGCCAUGACGCCAACAAAAUCACUGAAAACUAUCGAACUGACCAGUACAAUAAGAGGAAAAACUAUGACCCGUACAAUACAGUUAACAAUUACGGAAAUGACCGAUAUGAACCGUACAAAAUCAUUCUUAAUUACAUAAGUGACCGUCAGAGUAACAGGGAAAGCAUUGAUUAUGACCCAUACACGACAAAGAACGAUUACGGAAAUAACCGCCACGGUAACAUACCCAACUACGGUUAUGAACCAUACACAACCACUGAUAAUUACAAAGAUGAAUCCCACAGUAACAGUGACAGCAUUGAUUAUGACCCUUACACGACAAAUGACAGUUACGGAAAUGACCGCCACGGUAACAUACCCAACUAUGGUUAUGAACCAUACACAACCACUGAUAAUUACAAAGAUGAACCCCACAGUAACAGUGACAGCAUUGAUUAUGACCCUUACAAGACAAAUGACGAUUACGGAAAUGACGGCCACGGUAACAUACACAACUAUGGCUAUGAACCAUACACAACCACUGAUAAUUACAAAGCUGAACCCCACAGUAACAGUGACAGCAUUGAUUAUGACCCAUACACGACAAAUGACAGUUACGGAAAUGACCGCCACGGUAACAUACACAACUAUGGUUAUGAACCAUACACAACCACUGAUGAUUACAAAGAUCGAACAUCACAGUAA